CGCAUGGUGCUGAGCUUUAGGGUGCCGGAGCUGCAGGCGCUGCUGGGCUUUGCCGGCCGCAACAAGAGCGGCAGGAAGCACGAGCUGCUCUCCAAGGCGCUGCAGCUGCUCCAGGCCGGCGGCGGCCCCGCGCUGCACGGGAGGAUCAAGGAGCUUUACGGGCGCCGCGUCCCCGGGAAGAUCCUGACGCCGGCUGACUUCCCGGCGCUGCGCAGGCGGGCCGGGCCGGCGCYGGGCCCCGCGGCGCCGCUGCCCGUGCGCCCCGACGUCAAGAUGAAGCGGCUGCCCUUCUACGACGUCUACGACGAGCUCCUCAAGCCCACCACGCUAGCACCGGCCAACGGGCAGCGCUUCGAGGAAGCCCGGUUCGCCUUCGCGCUCAGCCCGCAGCAGCUGCAGCAGAUCCUGGCGUCCCGGGAUAUCUUACYGGGCGCCAGAUGCGAUUACACUGUACAGGUGCAGUUAAGGUUCUGCUUGUGUGAAACCAGCUGUCCCCAAAAAGAUUAUUUCCCUCCUAAUUUAUUUGUCAAGGUCAAYGGAAAACUCUGUCCCCUGCCUGGUUAUCUCCCACCCACUAAAAAYGGAGCAGAGCCGAAGCGACCGAGCCGCCCUGUCAACAUCACUCCCUUGGUGCGACUGUCGGCGACUGUCCCGAACACCAUCRUGGUGAACUGGUCCCCGGAGCUGGGCAGGAGCUACUCUCUGUCGGUUUACCUGGUGAAGCAGCUCACGGCGGCAGCGCUGCUGCAGAAGCUGAGAGCCAAGGGCAUCCGCAACCCCAAUCAUUCACGUGCCCUCAUCAAAGAAAAACUGACUGCUGAUCCUGACAGUGAGAUCGCCACCACAAGCCUGCGAGUUUCCCUCAUGUGUCCGCUGGGCAAGAUGAGGUUGAUGGUGCCCUGCCGAGCCAUUACCUGCACCCACCUGCAGUGCUUUGAUGCAGCCCUCUAUCUUCAAAUGAAUGAGAAGAAACCCAAGUGGACUUGCCCUGUGUGUGAUAAGAAAGCCCCCUAUAAGAAGCUGAUAAUUGAUGGGUUAUUCAUGGAGAUCCUCAACUCCUGCACGGACUGCGACGAGAUACAGUUCAUGGAGGACGGCUCCUGGUGCCCCAUGAAGCCCAAGAAGGAGAACCAGGAGGUGUGCCAGACAUCUGCGUUCAGUGGGAUUGAGGCCAGCGCCCUUUACACUGAGAGCUGCGAGGACAAGAGGUCCUCGGAGGGCAGCAGCAAAGCGGAGGUCAUCGAUCUCACCCUGGACAGCUCGUCGGACGAGGAGGAGCCGCCUGCCCAGCAGCGGUGCCCGACGGCCAGCRCGGCUCUGCCGGCAGCGGCCGAGCCCAAGGGGGUGCUGACUGUUGCUCAUCGGCCGUCUUCGGUGCUUCGGAGUCCUGCCAGGGCCGCUCUGGGCAGCGACUGUCUCGCCAACCUGCCCGUUCCUGAYUACCACCCUUGGUACCAGGUGCCGACAGAGCUCCAAGGUCUGGAUUUGUUUUCCUUCCUUCAAAGUGAAAACCAGGUAAGUUUGGGGGUGCCAUUUUUGUUUUUCUUUUCUUUCUGACAAACCUGCAGUCUGGCAAGCGCAUCCUUCCUUCCUUCAGCCAACCUYCCUCCUCUUCCAUCCUCUUCCUCUACCAGCAGCGUUGUAGGACGAUGCUGGGGGUGCCAGCUCUGUGGUGCCGCGGGGGCAUCGCCUGGCGCCCCGGCCAGAUGGGAAGUGUCUGCAGGAACGCCAGGCUCUCGCCCCUCUCCCCAGCACCCCUUUUCCUCACAGCUUUAAGUCUUCCC